AUGCAAAAUUCUCCUCAUGAUGACUUCUCCCAAAAGGAGGCCAAAUUCCACCCACAUGAGCAUGUACAACGAAAGCAAUACCAAUACCUAUAUGUUCGUGUGGUGAAAGCUAAGGGAUUACUUGUGGAAGAUGUCACUGACGGAUGUGAGUGUUAUGUGGAGGUUUGGCUGGGAGACUAUAAGGGAACAACCCGUCCUUUCGAUUCUGAUACCAACACUGAGUGGAACCAAGUGUUUGCUUUCUAUAGGAACAAGGAAAUCAUGCUUGAGGUCUCUGUGAAAGAUGCAGAUGUUGAUACAAAUGUUGUGAAAGAUAAUCUCAGGGGGUGGAUAUUAUACGAUCUUAGUGAGGUUCCAGAGAGGUUCCACGCAGAUAGUUGUAUAUUUCGUAAAUGGUAUGAAUUGGAAGACAGGAAAGGUGAGAAGGUUAAGGGAGAGCUAAUGUUAGCUAUGUGGUGGGGUACACAAGCUGAUGAAGCAUUUCCUGAAGCUAUAUCUGGUGGACUAGUUGAUGCUUCUGCCAGAAUCUGUUCGAAGGCGUAUCUUCAACCUAGGCUUUGGUAUCUCAGAGUUCAUGUGAUUGAAGCACAGGAUUUGAUACCCAGUGAUCAAACUAUAUCUCCUGAAGUGUAUAUGAAGUUUUUUCUUGGACAUCAGGCUUUAAGGACUAGAUUAUCUACGCGCAAGUCUAUACAUCCUAUAUGGAAUGAAGAGUUCAUGUUUGUAGCUACAGAACCAUUUGAAAAGCCCUUGAUUGUGAGUGUGGAAGAUAGGGUUGCACCUGAUAAAGAUGAGGUUCUUGGAAGGUGUGUGAUUCCCUUACAGUAUGUGGAUCGGAGGUUAGGUCAUAGAGCUAUUAAAUCCAGGUGGUUUAAUCUUCAAAAAUAUGAUAUGAGUGAAGGCAAAAUGACGAAACAAGCCAAGUUUGCUAGCAGGAUUCAUAUGAGGAUCUGUUUAGAAGGCGGUUAUCAUGUUCUUGAUGAAUCUCCUCACUACAGUACCGCUCUCAGACCAACAGCUAAGCAGUUAUGGAAGAAAAGCAUUGGGAUUCUUGAAUUUGGAAUCUUGAGUAGUGCUCAUGGGUUAACACCGAUGAAGAUAAAAGAUGGAAGGGCAACAACAUAUGCAUAUUGUGUGGCUAAGUAUGGGACAAAGUGGUUCAGAACAAGAACAAUAACAGAAAGUCUUACUCCAAAAUGGAACGUACAGCAUAGUUGGGAAGUUUAUGACCCAUGUACUAUAUUAAACAUUGGUGUGUUUGAUGACUUCCCGUUACCAGGCCUAGAUACACAGAUUGGGAAGGUCAGGAUUCGUGUUUCAACUCUUGAAACUGAUCGUGUUUACAUCCACUCGUACCCCCUUUUAGUUUUGCGUCCAUCUGGGGUGAAAAACAUGGGUGAGAUCAAUUUGGCAGUGAGGUUUACAUGCUCGUCUUUGGUAAACAUGAUGCAAAUGUACUCACAACCACUAUUGCCAGAAAUGCACUACAUAUGUCCCUUGAAUGUCCGCCAGCUUGAUAGCCUGAGACACCAUGCGAUUCAAAUUGUCUCCAUGAGGUUCAGCCAGGCCGAACCACCCUUGAGCAAAGAGGUUGUGGAGUAUGUGCUGGAUGUGGGAUCUGACAUGUGGAGUUGGAGAAGAAUUAAAGCUAAUUACUUCAGGAUCAUGGAGGUUUUUCAUGGUUUGAAUGUAGUGGGAAUAUGGUUUGUGAAGAAUCCCAUUAACAUUGUUGUCAUCCACAUCAUUUUCUUUAUAUUGGCCAUGUAUCCAGAUCUUAUUGUGUCAUCUAUUUUCCUCACUCUUUUUGUAAUCGGAAUUUGGAACUACAGACGAAGACCAAUGUAUCCACCUCCCAUGGACGCUUGCCUAUUGUGUACAGAUAAUGCGGACCCUGAUGAAGAAUUCGACACCUUUCCAACCUCUGAUCUUCCUGAUAUGACAAGUAUGAGAUAUGAUGGCUUGAGGGGUCUAUCUGGAAGGAUUCAGGUACUGGUUGGUGAUUUAGCGACGCUAGGAGAGAGGGUUGAGUCUUUACUCAGCUGGAGAGACCCCAUAGCUACUUUUCUGUUUGUAAUGUUCUGUUUAAUUGCUGCUAUGGUUCUAUAUGCCACACCUUUCUAUGUUGUGGUCAUUCAGUCAUUCAUUUAUGUGUUGUAUCACCAGAAGAUACUACCUUCGGUCCUGAUCAAUUUCUUUAGAAGACUGCCAACUAGAACUGAUAGCAUGCUUUGA